AUGGAGAUUCCGACGGGCUGGCCGGGUGAAUCGGUGCUGGGUACCAUCAAAAUCGCCGUGAUGCCAAUUGCCAAAGUUUUCACCAUGUGCUUCCUGGGCCUUCUCAUGGCCUCCAAGUACGUCAACAUCUUGCCUCCCUCUGGCCGCAAACUCUUGAACGGGUUGGUCUUCUCGCUUUUUGCUUCCCUGCUUGAUCUUUUCCCAGCUCGGACAAGCCGUCACUCUCCAACAAAAUGCUUCAGUGGUUUGUGGUUCAUUCCGGUGAACGUCGUUCUUGGUACAAUCUCAGGGUCGUUAAUCGGCUUCGUUGUCGCUUCCAUCAUUCGUCCGCCUUACCCUUAUUUCAAGUUUACAAUCAUACAGAUCGGAGUUGGUAACAUCGGCAAUGUGCCUCUUGUUUUACUAGCGGCUCUCUGUAGGGACACCUCCAACCCUUUUGUAGAUGCUGCUCCAGAGCAAGUCCCCUUGCUUACUCAAAAUUACCCCAAGGACAUUUCAUCUCCUCAAGUUCGCCUGCCUGUACGGAGCAUCGAACCCAGUGGAAGAGGGGAUUCAAGGAAAGGCAAGGUGACACAGAUCUUUGUUUUCCUCUAUGAGAAGUUUGAAACUGAAGCAAAUUGUCCAACCUGCAAUAGUUGCUUCAGACCAGGAAGUUCAAAACUUGGUUUCAAGACAACAGCGGCAAUUAUAUUUGGACGGCUGGUGUUGGUGCCACCAGUAGGACUAGGAAUAGUGACAUUAGCAGACAAACUUGGGUUCCUUCCUGCUGAUGACAAGAUGUUCAGAUUUGUGUUACUCCUUCAGCACACAAUGCCUACCUCUGUGCUCUCAGGAGCUGUUGCCAACCUUAGAGGCUGCGGAAGGGAAUCGGCUGCUGUGCUUUUCUGGGUUCACAUUUUCGCCAUCUUCUCAAUGGCUGGAUGGAUGGUACUGUAUAUCAACAUUCUCUUCUGA